GUAAAUAGUAAGGAAAAUCAUUUGCGCUCGUGUAAUCUGUACCGGUAAAGGUUCCCCCAUUAUCCAUGGACCGCCAGUAGAUAACUAUCCAAAGCUUAACACACUGCUCCGUUAUAGUGGAAACACCCCUCUUGACUUCUAGUAGCUGACGUUGAAGCCUCACUGGGAAAUCUUACCGAUCGAUCUGCAGCAGGAAAAAUAUAGACAUAAAUCUGUCUUGAUGAAUAUUCAUUGUAAAGGUGUUACCGCUGAGACUGCGACCCGCUGUUGUAGAUCGGAACAAGCACAGUGUGGCUUGAGCGCUUCUCACGCAGUCCAGCGUACUAGUUCCGGCGGCUUCAGACGUGGAACGGAUCCGCCAGUUGGCAGCCCGAGAAUGUUGUGUUGUUUUUGAGCCUGUAUACCGGUGUACCCAAGGAGUUUUACCAGGAGCGGUAACGGAUGCUAUAACCAAGGUUCUCGUGCUUAACAGUAGUGUUCAACACCUCCCUUAAUCACCUAAAGACCGAGCCUUUCCACGGCAGUAUAUACAGGCUGUACCUUGCCAGCGCUGUGCUCUCUGAACAACGCCUGAUUUCUAGUGAUAUAUGGAUAUCGCGAGAUACCAUGGCUCUCUCCUGCUGACGUCGUGUUGCCAUGGGGACGCGAUAUAAGGAUAGACUAUUGGACUUCGGAGUUACGAUCUUCUGCUUCUUUCUCUUCAUUCAAAUAGGACAUGCCGGGUGGAGCAAAUGGUCCCCAUGGUCAGCGUGUUCGGUCACGUGUGGAAGUGGGGUCCAGACACGUGUCCGUCAUUGUUCUCUAGAACCCGGGGAGACCGGAGUGUGUGUGUAUGCAAACCAGACGCAGGAGUACCAGUGUUCAGCUGAAAAAUUCUGUGACCCGAUUGACGGCAAAUGGUCAUCCUGGGGCCCUUGGAGUAACUGCUCCCGAAAAUGUGGAGUCGGAUUCCACGAGCGAUGGAGAGAGUGCAAGAGCCCCCCUCCUCAGUAUGGCGGCAAAGUCUGUGAAGGAAAGAGGCGGGACGUUGAAAAGUGUACCAACCCCGCAUGUCCUCCGCUGUAUUUUGGGGAUAAGAAGACUGAGUGUAGUGAAGGCAUGGUACUGUGCGCUGACGGCGUUCAGUGUAUACCGGAGUUCCGACGUUGUGACCGCUUCUGGCGGGACUGUCGGGACGGAAGUGAUGAGUCGGCCUGCCAGGAAGGGGAACCCAUCGAAGUAUAUUACUCCAACAACAGCGGUAUCAGUGUAACAACCUGUUCCAUUGCAUUCCCUCUCCUGUCAUCGGGUGUUGCCAUGUGGUUUGUCGCGAACAGGAGAUGAUCCGAGUCAACGGAAACAACUUGCCCAUCAUCUCCUCCUCUCUACCCGUAGCGGCCACCACAUUCGUUUGUCCGCGUUGUCUCCCUUUAUUUCACCAGCCUGUUCCAUUAUCGGGUAGACCUUCUAUACAUUCAAGAAACAAAAUUUGCAAUUUCCCGGAAAUUUUAAUCAAACAUAAACAACACGGAAAUGUUUACUGGAGUUGUUUUGGGCGUAAACUUAUUUCACAUUCGUUAUUUUUAACAUCCAAUUUUUGGUGUAAAUAUAUUUUCUCUAAUUGCUUAGACCUGAAUCUCCCAGCCAGCUUAACUGCACGUUAUGUCGUCCGUGACGUCUGCAUUGAAAAGCUCAGAAAAUGAAAAGCACAUUAGCACCAAUCGGGGAGAAAAUGCUUUAACCAGAAUUGAGAUCCAACUUAUGACCUGGAAGCCCUCUUUGUGACACAGUGUGUUUACAUCACAACAACUUUAUUUUUCAAUUUUAUAAUUUUUAAUGCUGUUUAAAGGUGCUACUUGUCACGUGUUAUAACACAAAAGCCUUCUACGAAAAAGUGUAUUGUUUUAUUAUUGUUUUCUUUCUAACUAAUAAUUAUUAUUUCAAUGUGACAUAUUAACGCACGUGAAUAUUACAAUAUCUAACACCAUAACGGGUGCUAGUGCACCCAAGACCACUGCCUUAUUAUGACUUCAGCCUAUAUUACCUAUACUUACAUUAUUUUAUAAAAUGCACUGUCUUCCCUGUUACUUAAGAUUAAGAGCAUGGGGCCCUUUUCACUUCAUUGCUUUGUUGGUGGAUGGUGUUAAAGCCUCUAUAUGGGUUUGCUAGGUUUGAUAACAGUAUUUGUAUCUUGAGAGGAAAUCAGCCUGAUACCUUCAUGAAGGUACAACAAUUUAUUGUCCAUCGGACUCAGCGAAAUUCAAAAUGAAAUUGAAAGUGAAAGCUGAAGGGUAAAGGCUAUGGAAAGCAACAUUUGACUUGAUCUGGAGAUUCCAUGUUUUUGUCAUCCUUUGAGGCUGUUUUUCUGGUAGACAUGUGUUGACCUCUUCUUUUCUAACCUUCAUCUUACGUCGCACUCCUUUUUUUUACGUUUCUUUUUGUUUAUUUCUCGACUGAAUCACGUGGGGUCAUUGCAAACCAACCUUUCCUUCACACAGUACAUAGAAUGUAAUUUGGCAGUAAUCAAGGCAUUUUCAUUCCAUUUUUAUCAAUCUUCAAUUGUUGGUAUUGUAAAUAUUACCCUUAUGUUUCCUUAAUUAUAUCCAACGGUGUCUAAUUCACCACACUGUUUCGUCUCAGAUUUAGUCUUACUUUGUGUUGUUCCAUCUCAAAUUAACAUGUGGAAAUAUUGUUCAUGUACAUUUUGAAAUCUUCGAUCAGUAUGGCAUUUCUGUACAUGUACAUUCAUGUCAAACCAUGGAUCAGUAUGGCAUUUCUGUACAUGUACAUUCAUGUCAAACCAUGGAUCAGUAUGGCAUUUCUGUACAUGUACAUACACGUGUAACCAUGGAUCAGUAUGGCAUUUCUGUACUUGUACAUACACGUGUAACCAUGGAUCAGUGUGGCAUUUCUGUACAUGUACAUACAUGUCAAACCAUGGAUCAGUGUGGCAUUUCUGUACAUGUACAUACACGUGUAACCAUGGAUCAGUAUGGCAUUUCUGUACAUGUACAUUCAUGUCAAACCAUGGAUCAGUAUGCCUUUUCUGUACAUGUACAUACACGUGUAACCAUGGAUCAGUGUGGCAUUUCUGUACAUGUACAUACAUGUCAAACCAUGGAUCAGUGUGGCAUUUCUGUACAUGUACAUACACGUGUAACCAUGGAUCAGUGUGGCAUAUCUGUACAUAUUCAUACACGUGUAAUCAUGGAUCAGUAUGCCAUUUCUGUACAUGUACAUACACGUGUAACCAUGGAUCAGUAUGCCAUUUCUGUACAUGUACAUACACGUGUAACCAUGGAUCAGUGUGGCAUUUCUGUACAUGUACAUACACGUGUAACCAUGGAUCAGUGUGGCAUUUCUGUACAUGUUCAUACACGUGGAACCAUGGAUCAGUAUGCCAUUUCUGUACAUGUACAUACACGUGGAACCAUGGAUCAGUAUGCCAUUUCUGUACAUGUACACACACGUGUAAUCAUGGAUCAGUAUGGAAUUUCUGUGCAUGUUUAUACACGUGUGAGCAUGGGUCAGUGUGGAAUUUCUAUACAUGUGCAUACACGUGUAAU